AUGGCUACAUCACAGAAAGGGCCAAUUUUUAUCAAAUCCAUUGAUGGUACCAAAGAGUACAAAGACAAGCACUUCAUUGCUGACUUGUUUCUAAAGGUCAUUGGUGAGGUUGGGCAUCAACAUGUCCAAAUUAUUACUGAUAAUGCGUCUAUUAUGAAGGCUACAGGAUCUAUUGUUGAAGCUAAAUAUCCUCAUAUAUUUUGGUCACCUUGUGUUGUGCAUACUCUCAAUUUGGCUUUGAAGAAUAUAUGUGCACCUAAGUACUCUUUGCAGAAUGAGGUUGCAUAUAAUGAAUGUAACUGGAUUGCACAAUUACUUGCUGUUGCUGAAACACGAUUUGCUUCAAUAAUCAUCAUGCUUAAAAGAUUGUUUCAAGUAAAACAAAAUCUUCGAAAUAUGGUCGUUAGUGAGGAAUGGAUGUCAUAUAGAGAAGAUGAUGUGGGAAAAGCUCAAACUGUGAGAGAUUAUGUUUUGAAUGAUUUGUGGUGGGACAAGGUUGCAUAUAUUCUAAGAUUCACAGAACCUAUUUAUGAGAUGCUUCGAGUGGCUGACACGGAUGCACCUAUUCUCCAUAAGGUUAAAUGGAUUGAGGAAGUCAGAGGCCAUGUUGCACCACAUAAGGAUGCUGAAAUUUCAGUGGAGAGAAACAAGUGCCUCAAAAGGAUCUUUCCUGAUCCUGAUGAUAGGCAGAAAUUUAAUGUGGAGUUUGGUUUGUUUAACGCAUUAAAGACUUAUGAUGAGGAUAACAUGGAGGAUAGGUGGAACUAUGAUCCAAUGCUUUGGAGGAGGCCCGAAUACACUACUGGAGAAUCUAAGAAGUGGGCCAUUGGUGGAGAUAAUUGGGAUGAACCAUUUGGAGGACCUGGGUUGCUUGAGAUUGCUUAUCUCACACUAGAUGAGCCAGAAAUGGAGACAAGUAUUGUUGAGAAUAAUGACUAUGUUGAUGACAAUGAUGUUGUUGUUCUGUGA